CCCAAGGAUGCAAACCAAACCAAAGGCCCAGUUAGGUCGGCCCAAAUUAAGUAACACAGUCUACUCGGCCGGCGAAGGCGGUGGGCACUCUCCCCUCUCUGCUCGCCAGUCGCCGCCUCCGGCCUCGUCGCCGCCCACCAGCUCCGGCCGCACGCCUGCACCCCUCACCAGCGUCGCCUACCGCGUUAGUCGACUCGGUGAAGCCAGUUCCGUUCGCCACCUCCGAUCUCGUCGCCGUCCAUCCGUUCCGGCCGCACGCCUGCGCACCUCACCAGCCUUCGCCUCCGUGACAGAGUCUGACGCCUCAGUGAUGCCGCCAAAGGUGACCAUUGCCGCCUCCAACGAUGCCGUGCUGCCUGAAGACAUGCUGCACCACAUCCUCGUGCGCCUCCCGGCGAAGACGCUAUGCCUCUUCCGAGCAGUCUGCCCAUCCUGGAGGUCCCUCCUCUCGGAUCCGCUCUUCGUUGCAGCGCACAAGUCCCAUCACCCCGAGCCACUAAUCGUCACAUGUAACUGUGAGAUGUUUGAAAGAGGCACCAUUAACAUUAUGGACUUGUCUGGCCAUGUUGUUAAGCGGAUAGCCACCACCAUGAAGAAUGCCAGGAUGGUGCGCACACGCCGGCUGGACCUUAUUUGUGUCACCGGACAUAAGGGCCGCCAUGUGAUCAACCCUGUCACGGGCGAUACUUUUGCAUUGCCCAGUUGCCGCGCAAAGGAGCAUGCACAUGUGCAACAUUUCUUUCCAGAAUCAUUUGACUUGGGACAGGUUGUCACCACGGGAGAAUACAAGGCCCUACGCUGUGUUAGCAUCGAUAAUUCUGAUCAUGAGUCCAGCCCGAUGCUCUGUGAGGUCAUCACCCUUGAUGAUGGUCGCAAUGCAAGAUGGAGGGGCAAACAGGGCCCUCCGCCCCCUGUCACAAGUAACCGUAACAGAAGUAUUGUUGUCAAAGGAGUCGUUUAUUUCUUGUUGGAUUUUCUAUACAAACGUUUUACGUUUUCUGGGGUCCGUGUCAAACCGGGUAGCAUGGCUUUGUUCAACCUUGAGACAGAGGAGUGGAUGGGGAUUGUCCAAGGACCAAAGCCAGUGCGCAGCUUUGUUAAGGACAGCAAUGGCAGGUGCGGUUACUUUAGUCUAUACUUGGAGCUAUCACCGGUAAAUUUGGAUGGGUUCUUAGUUAUGGCACACAAUCCUGAAGGUUGCUCUUUGGACUUGUGGUUUUUGAUGGAUAGUGAGAAAUGUCUCUGGAAUAAAAGCUACAGCUUAGAUUUCCAACCUGAAAAUCUCUUUGCUCAACCCUUGGAAAUUCUAAAUGACGGGAAGAUAGUUCUCUCUGCACCAGGAUCACUAAGACUAUAUAAUCCGGUUACCAAGACUUACAUUGAUUUUGGGAUGAGAAAUUCCACAUCUGUUGGUACUUACACUGGAAGUCUGUUGUCUUCAGAGAGCACCUUCACUUCUGAGGAUAGGUUACAUGCCAGUGGAGAGUUUGAGAACCGAGGACAAACUCGACAACAUCGGAUAGGCUCCGUUCGGCAGCUCUCCAGCUUCCAGCUUCCGCGAGGAGCUGCGUGCGUUCGGAAGGCUGUGGCUGCUUCUCUUCAUGCUGCAUGGGCUGGCGCUGGUGGCUGGUUUGUACAGCAGCUCGGGAUAAAUGAAUCGAACCGGUACGCAACUAGACUUCGCUCAACUCCACGAUUUGGGCUUCGCGAAGCUGGACUUUGCUCGCUCCACCGAUUUGCAUUACAUGGGGCUCCGCUCCGAGAAGCUUGCUUCGCGGAGCCGAGGCGUUCGGCCUAGCUCCUCAUGCGGAGCCGGUGGAGCGCGGAGCUGGAGAGCUUCCGAACAGGGUCUUAGUUCCAUGCCCCUAGUUGUGUCUCACUCGGCAGUUUUGCGCCUAGUUUUCGAAAACCCUCGGUUUUGCCCAAGCCUGUUUGCUCCUGUUAUGGUUUUGCCCUUUCGUCACGUUUCCGUCCAGUUAGUGCUGUUUGACCUUGUGUUAACCGUCUAUGGACUUUUCGCUCGACCAUUUUGCCCCUGCUUCCUCACUCUCUCACCAGACACUGUUGGACCCAUCACUGAGAAAGUAAUCCCAAUUUCUUUUUCUUUCUCUCCCAUCGGUCAAACCCUAGUCCCAGAUCCCCCCUCUCUCAAAUCCUAUCCCACUAUCCCUUUCCCCACCCUCGGUGCUCCACCGCCAUGGUUUCGAGCCAGGCCACAACACAACAAGCCACACCGACGUCCCCAUGGGUGGCCACGCCGGCGCCCGCAUGCGGGCCGAUGUAGCUGAUCCCAUCGGUGGGAGGCCAACCUAGGCGGCGGCAGCGAAGCCACGGGUCCCUUCGGUGGUGGAGCCAUGGAUCCCGUCGGUGGCCAACCCAGGCGGCGAUGGCGGCGGUGCCAUGGAUCCCAUCGGUGGGCAACCUAGGCGGAGGCAGCGCCAUGAAUUCCAUCGGUGGCCAGCGGGGAGAGGCCAGUGGCGGUGGCCAACAUAGGCGGCGGCGGCGCCAUGAAUCCCACUGGUGGUCAGCGAGGGGAAGGCCAGCGGAGGCUGCAAUGGCAGUGGCUGGUGGCCAACCUUGGUGCCCGUCGGUGGGACAAGGCCGUGAUGGCCACCGUCGCAGGAGGCGUGUGGAUCUGACUCCAAUGGCGCCGGCGAGCUCAUCCUCCUCUUGUCCGACGAGGAGGACUUGGUGAGCUUCGGCUCCGACUCUGUUGGCUCUGACGAGCUCAUCCUCCUACGGACUGCGGCCUCUAAUCUUUGACCCCAUGUAAUUAGCUAGGAUUUAACUAGUGAUUGUGAACUAUUGCUUAGUUUGUUGUAUGUGGGACCGAUGAUUCUUGUGUUAAUUACUGUUGUUUUAAUUGAUCAAUGUUGUGUUAAUUAUUGUACAAAAAUGUUAUGCAAAAUUUAUGUGGUGUUUACAACAUGGCAAUGUUAUUUAGUUAUUUGGUUUGGUUCA